AUGGAAAUAUCAGACGACUCAGAAAAUAAUGAGAACGGCCCAGCAUCGCGACCAAGACCACGUGCUAAUACUACACGUGUCCGGGGUUAUCGGCGGCGUGUUCCAGCUCCGAGUGCCCGCCCUCGUGCCCCUGCUGUUCCCUCUGCCUCUACUACCCCUGUUGCCUCUACUACCCCUGUUGCCUCUACUGCCCCUGCUGCCCCCACGGCCCCUGCUGCUACUACUGGCUCUGCUGCUCCUCCUGCCCCCGUCUCCCAUACUGCUCCUGCUGCUCCUGCUGCAGUCAGCUCUUCUCAGCCGACGCGUCAGUCGAAAUUGUUACUUCCCAAAAUGCGCCGUUCAGAUGAGCGCUUCUUGUUGCCUGAAUUCCGUUACACUGUGAUGACCAACGCCUCGAUAUAUGGGUCACUUAAGUCAUAUCUUGUGGGCCUGGGAGAAACAGAAGAUGCGAAAUUUCCAUGGUGGAGGGUUAUCCAAGACUUUGUGCACUUGUAUUAUGAACACUUUGACCAUGAAUACCCUGUUGUUCACCCAUAUUCUCUAGAAUUUGGGCAUGACAAAACCUCAUGGAUGGUACUUUUAGCAGUGGUCACUGUCGGGAGUCAAUAUAGCGCUUUCGGCAAUGCUAGUCAGUUUUCAGCAGCUUUCGGAGACAUAUUGUCUCGCGCAAUAGCCCAAAACGUAAGUUCACCCCCCGACGAAAACCCGUAUCUCCCAUAUUAA